AUGCGGCUCAAGACCGCCCUUUGGGCGCUCCCACUGUUUGCCACGUUUGCCUCUUCGUCUCCCUAUCGUGACGACCUCACCGACUACAACCUCAACGUCAACAAAAACGCCCAGGCGGUUACCGACUACGAUUCAACUCGACCCAAUACAACGUACACUCCGUCUCCCAAGAACUGGCGAGCUCUGCCUACCUACACCAUCCUCCUGGACAAGUUCGCUGACGGGGAUCCAACCAACAACGACUUUUUUGGCACUCAAUUUGAAUAUGACUACCGGGAGACCCAACUUCGCUACGGCGGAGACCUCCAAGGCUUGGUGUCCAGGCUGGAUUAUUUGCAAGGAAUGGGCAUCAAACUUAUUUUUAUGUCCGGAACUCCCUUCCUGAACAUGAUUUGGCAAGCCGACAGUUACUCUCCUCUGGACUUCAGCGUGCUGGAUCCCCACUGGGGGAAUAUAAACGAUUGGCGGAGCGUCAUUGACCAAAUACACGCACGGGGGAUGUAUUUCAUGGCUGAUUUUACUGUUGGCACUAUGGCAGACCUGAUCGGCUUUGAGGGACAUCUCAAUACAAGUACACCUUUCAGUUUGAACGAGUAUAACGUAGCGUGGAAAAACCCUUCUUACUUACCCUGGAAUUUUUCCGAGUAUGCCGAUUUCAGUAUUAACAACAAGCGCAAUUCGUCAUGCCAAAUGCCGACCUUUUGGCAAGAUGAUGGAACCACGGUGGCAGUGGAAACAAACGGGUGUAUGAUGUCGGAUUUUGAUCAGUAUGGUGACAUGGAAGCCUUCGGUGUCCAUCCUGAUUGGCAGCGUCAAUUAUCCAAAUUCGCCUCCGUGCAAGAUCGACUUCGUGAGUGGAAGCCAGAGGUCAUGGACAAAAUCAAAGUGUUCUCUUGCAUGGCUAUCAAAGCGUUGGAUAUCGAUGCCAUUCGUGUCGAUAAGGCUACUCAGGUCACAGUUGAUGGACUCUCGUCGUGGGCAUCCGCCACUAGGGCCUGUGCAAAGACGUUAGGCAAAACAAACUUUUUCAUCCCUGGGGAGGUUACUGGUGGCGAUACGUUUGGCUCUCUUUACCUGGGACGAGGUCGCACUCCGACUCAAAAACCACCUGGCUUUUUGGCUGCAGCGAACAUUACAUCAACUAGCAACUAUUUUCUUCGAGAUUCUAACCUUAAUGGGUUGGAUGGCGUCGCCUUCCAUUAUUCUAUAUAUCGCUCCCUCUCGCGUUUCCUUGGGAUGGACGGUAACUUGCAGGUCGCUUAUGAUAUUGACGUCAACUUCGUUACAGCGUGGAAUCAGAUGUUUGUUGACAAUGAUUUCCUCAAUCCAUCUACGGGUCUGGUGGAUCCAAAGCAUAUGUAUGGGACAAGUAAUUUUGAUGUCUUUCGGUGGCCAAGUCUGGAAAACGGAACCCAGAGAAGCGUUUUAGCAACAUUUAUCACCACUCUUGUUAUGCCAGGAAUACCUCUGCUCUACUAUGGUGAGGAACAGGAUUUCUACCUUUACGACAAUGGUGCAUCAAAUUACCUUUAUGGGCGUCAAGCGAUGACGAGCAAUCUAGCUUGGAAGCGACAUGGCUGCUACACGCUUGGAUCAGAGCAGUAUUUCAACAUGCCGCUUGAUAAGGCAUUAGUUGGUUGCAAGGAUGAUUGGAACGCCCUUGACCACUUUGAUCCUACCGCUGACUCUCGCCGCAUGUUUGCCCAGUUUUACUACUUCCGAUCAGUCUAUGGGGCUCUCCAGGAUGGCUUCAACCUGGUUCAACGCGGAAAUUGGACUUACUUUAUUGAAAGGCCUGGAUCGAAUGGCACUGUUACAGAAAUGGGUCUCUGGUCCGUCUCUCGAUCGGUCCUCACCGGUUAUCAAACUGUAGGGGGAACGUAUCAAGAUCAAGUUUGGAUGUUGUACUCCAACGAGAAUGCGACGAAGACUUACACUUAUGACUGCAAAAACAGCCUCUGGAUUUCAUCACCAUUUGUUUCAGGCACAAAAGUCCAGAACUUGUUUGCUCCCUACGAAACCUACACUCUCCAGGAUUCUCUUUCGUCUUUCAAUAACGAUAGCAAAGCUCCAUAUUUUGGUUGUCUUCCGUCUGUCAGUUUAGAUGGUUACGGAUUCAAGGCGCUAGUUCCGGUUACCCAGUGGACAUCACCUUUGCCUGCUCUCACAAAAUUCACGCCUGGCCACGAUUAUCGCAUCCUCGCCAAUUCAACUGACGUCAACGCAACAACGAUUGACAUCUCGCUUGAAUUCAACAUCGCCAUGGAUUGUACCAGUGUUACCAACAGUCUUUCCCUCAACGUCUCAUCUUCGGGCAAAGGCGGGACGCCUACUGUCACUGGCGUUCAAUGUGGGGCUGUGCAAAAUCCUGAUCCUAGCAAAAUUCAGGGUGGCAGUGUCUCUGCUUGGAAAUGGUCGGCAACGUUGCAGAACGUCCCAGAUGGGGUUCUCACAAUUACUGUGAAAACCCCAUCCGCGGCGACUGGUAACCUGACGACAAACGCUGUAGAUCAUCUGCUUGUGAGAAAAGGAAGUUCAAACAACGUGGUAGUUUUCCCAGAAAAUGACUACGAUACGAGUGGUGCCUUGGCGUUUUCAAAUGGACAGUAUACCUAUACUCACAAGGCGUAUGGCGCGGAUAAGUUCCGAUAUUCGUGGAACUUUGGCAAGAACUGGACGGUGUGGCAGAAUUGGGAAGAUACGACCACAAUUAAUUCUUCCGUUGUCGCCUCCGCCGGAUCGUUUUGGCAAGGCGAUCAUAUUAUGGUUCAAUAUUGGAGUCAGGCCACCUUGUCGGUUGCUGCGGUCAUCCACGCUGAUUACGGCUACUCGGGCGCGCCAAGACGAGUGCCACAAUUCUUAGUUCGGGGACCUUUCAAUCAGUGGGGUUUUGAUGGAGGCAUCUCAAACCAAAUGGUGAAAAACUCCGACGGAAAAUGGGAAUUAGAAAUCAUGGCUUCGUGGCCGACAUACAUGCAGCUGAACGUCUGGGGUUUCGAUAAUUAUUAUUACGGUGAUUCGGAUGGUGACGGUGUUCUCGAUCGUCUCCCACCCAACUCAGUUGCGCCGAAUUAUUUGAACAUAUCCGCCCCACCAGCUCCCCAUCUGGCAUGGUCUCUCCUCGUGGACGACGCCACAAUGACCUGGUCUUUGAAGCCUCGAGGACAAGCGUCUGUCGGAGCCAUCAUGUACGCCCUUCUUCUUGCUAUUCCCCUCAUUACCGGCACGCUCGCCGUUCUCGUUUUCAUGUGGACGUUCUACGGCAUCAAGCACAACCAGUACGGUGUGAAGGCGAAGAAUCAUACCAACUACUUCCCUAUUCUAGGCGCAUUUGGGAAAUCAACUUCGGACUUGAAAGAUUCGACUCCCAUCUCCGAGAAGCUGUUCGGCCAUAAGCACACCGCCGAGAUCAUUGGUUGGCCUGAGGAUAAGAACAAACGGCGAAAGGUCCUGAUUGCCACACUUGAGUACGAAGUCAUUGACUGGAAAGUGAAAGUCAAAAUUGGUGGUCUGGGUGUCAUGUCCAGUCUCAUGGGCAAGGCAAUGACAGAUGUUGACCUAAUCUGGGUCGUCCCCAAGGUCAAAGACAUUGAAUACCCAGCAGGCGAUCCCGCAGAACCCAUCGAAGUCAUCAUAUUUGGCGAGCCAUAUUUGAUCGAGGUCGAGACCCACGUUCUGGACAAUAUCACAUAUGUCAUACUUGACAGCCCAGUUUUCCGUGCUCAAACAAAGGCCGACCCUUACCCCGCUCGCAUGGACGAUCUUAGUUCCGCAAUUUUCUACUCGACAUGGAACCAAGCAAUUGCAGCCACCAUUCGCCGUAAUCCAACAAUUGAUAUCUACCACAUCAAUGAUUAUCACGGCGCGCUUGCUCCCCUUUAUCUGCUCCCCAAGGUCAUCCCCGCAUGUCUCUCCCUGCACAACGCCGAAUUCCAGGGCCUGUGGCCCCUCCGUACCAAGGAAGAAAUGAAGGAAGUCUGUUCUGCUUUCAACAUAAGUAAAGAACACUGCACGAAAUACGUUCAAUUCGGCAACACGUUCAAUCUCCUGCAUGCCGCUGCAUCUUACAUCAGCACACACCAGAAAAGUAUCGGAGUAGCGGGUGUUUCGGACAAGUAUGGAAAGCGCAGUUGGGCUCGAUACCCCGCACUUUGGACUUUAAAACACGUCGAUUCUCUUCCGAAUCCUGACCCAAGUGAUAUAGCAGCACUCGAUGAGAAACCUACAAAAGCUCUUGACGUCGAGAUUGAUCAGGUCGCUGAAGCCGCUCGUCCCGAGCUCAAACGACAAGCGCAAGAAUGGGCAAACAUUAAGCAGGACCCGAAUUCGGAUUUGUUCGUUUUUGUUGGGCGAUGGUCAAAACAAAAGGGUGUCGAUCUCAUCGCUGAUGUCAUGCCGACACUGCUUGAGAAACGCCCAAGUAUUCAACUGAUCGCAGUUGGACCUGUCAUUGAUCUAUAUGGCCGUUUUGCUGCAGAGAAGCUUGCCAGACUGAUGGAAUUAUACCCCGACCGGGUGUUCUCAAAGCCGGAGUUCACAGCGCUACCCCCAUAUCUCUUUAGUGGAGCGGACUUUGCGUUGAUACCAUCUCGAGAUGAACCUUUUGGUCUUGUAGCUGUCGAAUUCGGUAGGAAAGGUGCACUUGGUGUUGGCAGUCGCUUAGGAGGCUUGGGAUUAAUGCCUGGUUGGUGGUACCCAGUGGAAUCAAGCGCAACAAACCAUAUGUUGUCUCAGCUUACGAAAACUGUCAAAAUGGCCUUGAAGUCGACAGAAGAGGAGAGAGCCAUUUUGCGCGCACGGUCUGCCCUUCAACGAUUUCCAGUUGUUGAAUGGCGGCAGCGUACGGAAGACUUCCACAAGCGUAGCAUCAACACCAGCCGAAACAUAGCUGGCGCGAAUGCAUGGCGUGAAUCUGAUUGUGAUGGAGGUGGCGUUCGUCCAAUGGCCGAAACAGAUGAUUGGGACCCCGUCACUCAAGCGUAUCCCUCUCAACCUGAUUGGGACAGUCGUAGUGUCAAUGAAGGUCCCCAUGCUGGGUCUCCAGGUCAGUGGAGCCAAGAGAGUUUCACUCCCGUAGGUGAUCAACAUACCCCACGUCUUCAUCCAGAAAGUCAACGGAAUUCUUACGCUACCGAUAACGGCGACGAUUACUUUACACAAAGAAGCCGAGCAAGCAUGGCAAAUAGCGCAGCUGACAGCCCUCAAGGCUAUACCGACUUCCUUGAGCGAGCGAAUAGAACAAUUGGAAAGGAUCAACGACAUGUUCCCGAUCCAUUUGUUGAUGGCGGACUGACUCCAAAUCGUCCUUUCGGUGCACACUCGCGCGUCUCGUCUGUCGAGUCCAUUUCGUCUAUCGUCGAUGAGAAGUCAAAUUCGCCUCUCAACAAGGCCAUCGCUUCUUUCACGGAUGCUGAUGGCGGUGUUGCGUCGGAAUUCGUACAGAAGCUUCAGGGACUCAAUGCAAAGAACUCGGAGCAUGAGUUGUCCAUUGAGAAAUUUUUGGUCAAAAGCGAGGAAGCAUUCUUUGGCAAAGUCCGGAAAGAUAAAUUGUCAAGUGCCGCGAGUGUGCGAUCCUCCCAACGCGACUCUAUAUGGGGUACACCCUCACCAUCACUCUAUUCUCGCCCAGACUGUAUGUCUCCAAACAUGCAAGCAUUCCCCUCUGAUUACGAUGGUCCCCUUCACCACGAUGCUGGCCCGCCUGAGACCGUUCCAAUGACUGGACUGCAGAUCGCCUUGUCUAGGGAACUUGGAGGCUGGCCACUUUAUACCAUCAUUAUCGCCCUUGGCCAGAUGCUGAGUGCGACUAGUUUCCAAAUUACCCUCCUUACUGGUCGCAACUGGCAGGAUAAUCUUCAGCUUUAUGUUUUGGGCGGAGUCUUCUUGGCAGCCUCUGCCGUCUGGUACCCUAUGUUCAGACUCAAACCAUCAGUUUACGUUCUCUCAGCCCCCUGGAUCUUUUUCGGCCUUGCGUUCUUUAUGAUUGGCCUACCGUCCGUCCAUGCCGCCCUAGCGCCAGCACACACGGCGCUAUCAAAUGCGGCCACUUGGUGCUAUGCCGUUGCAUCUGCCGCAGGUUUCCUGUUCUUUGGCCUCAAUUUUGGUGAAGAAGCGGGUGCUGCUACGGAGGUUUGGACCCUCCGGGCGUGCAUUGUUCAGGGUUCUCAACAGAUCUGGGUCGCUGCGUUGUGGUAUUGGGGCAAUUCUCUAAAUGGCCGACCUGAUGGCUAUAUUCCUCCUUGGUAUAUUUGUGUCAUUGUUUGGCCCCUGGCGCUCGUCAGCUUCGUGUUCGCAUAUCUCAUGCUCUACGGAUUGCCAGAGUACUACCGUCAAACUCCGCCCAAGGUUCCCCAUUUCAUUAGAACUCUCCUUCGCCGAAAAUUGGUUCUAUGGUUCUUGGCCUCUGAAAUUCUGCGAGAUUACUGGUUAAGUGGACCAUACGGUCGUAACUGGGGCUUCUUGUGGAGUGCCCCAAUACCAAAGUGGCAAAUUCUGCUGCUGGUCAUCACUUUCUUUAUCGGCGUGUGGGCUGCAAUGUUGUUGGUACUUACGCACUUCAGCAAAACACAUACAUGGCUGUUGCCCGUCUUUGCUGUGGGUUUGGGAACUCCAAGAUGGUGUCAAAUGCUUUGGGGAACAUCUUCCUUGGCUUUAUACAUCCCAUGGGCAGGUCACGCUGGGCCUUACCUCGGCCUCUCUCUAUGGCUUUGGCUUGGUGUUCUCGAUGCCAUCCAGGGGGUAGGACUAGGAAUGAUUCUGCUCCAAACACUGUCCCGACUUCACGUUUGUGCCACCUUGGCAUUUUCCCAGAUCAUUGGUUCAGUUUGUGUGAUGAUCGCCCGAGCCACCGCCCCCAAUCGUAUUGGGCCUGGCUCUGUCUUCCCCGAUGCAGCCAAAUGGGAUUUUUCUGAAGGGAGUCCCAUGGCUCUUCCUCUCUUCUGGAUUGCCCUUAUCUGCCAAAUUAUCAUUGUUCUGGGCUACUUCUGGUUCUACAGGAAAGAACAACUUGGUCAGUACACUACUUAA